GGCGUCUGCGGUGCAGGCCAGCGCUGCUGGUCAGCGCUGCUGGCUUCUCACACCAAAAUGUUCAUACUGCUCAUACAGGCCGAUAACCGAAGUGCAAUUCAGUCGACCGAGCUCUGAGAUUUACUAGUAUACCGAAUGCUAGCUUGUAACAGGACGUGGUUAAGCUUUACAAAAACAUAUCAACAGCUUGCGCGAAGCCUGUUCGGCGGCCCGCGCACCAGCGACCUUGACCGCGAUACUUUUGCGACCGAGUCCCCAGCUUAAAGCUGCAGAUGCAUGUACCCGGUCUAUAGGCUACACCCAGCUCGCGUAUUCAGCAGGAAGUAUCCAAUUCAAUGGGCCUAGGACGACUCAAGAAGCUCCUGGAUAAAUUAUCCAUAUCAAGCAGUGGUCAGCGUCAAUCCCAAUCGUCAGAACCAUGCUCGGCAAAUCCUUCCAGCGAGACACAGGACGCAUUGCGGGAAUGUGCACCGCCCGGGCAAUCGAGCUCGGGCGCACCCAAGGGCGCGCUCUUCAAACGAGGCGGCCUGAAUGUCACGGUGGCGGAGGUGGAGGCGUCCCUUGACCGCGCUUCCCUGACAUUACCGACUCGCAUUCUGAACAAAUUUGGCGUCAAGGCCAAACUGCUGGGGCUGCCGAGUCUGGAGAGCCCCAAGGUCACGGAUGACGGCCGAGCGCGCGGCGGUACCCUGUGCACCGGCGGGGGCCACGGCGAGCUGCCCCCCACAAGCGCGGGCGGCGCCAGGAGCGACGCACCUCAGUCGCGCCAGCUGCCGCAACUCGCCGCCGCCGCGGCCUCGCCCUUGGCACGCCGCGUCACGACCACCGCCAUCCACCGCCGCAUGAGCAACACCAUCUUCCCAACGUCUGCGGAUGAUGAGGAGCGUGGCGGCGACCCGCAGCCGCUGCUGCUGUCCCCCCCUGCGACAGCGCUCACGCAGCACCAUCGCCGCAACACCAUCAAAGCCAUGCGCAGCGGACCCCUGCUGCACGUGCCCUUCCCGGCCGGCACGUCCCGCGCGGCCGCGACGGACGCUGCCACCAGCACUACUGGCGACGGCGGCGGCGGCGGCGGCGGCGGCUACGCCGAGAGAAGUAGCAGCGCUCAAGUGGCGGCGGCGGCCUCCACCGUCAGUACGAGGAUGUUGGCUACGGCCGUGGCGGCAGGGCCCGCCACUGCCGCCGUGCCCAGUACUACUGCCAUGCCCACGCCCCCACCGUUUGCCCGAGGCAGCCUGCUGCCCACGGGCGGCGGCGGCGGCGGCAGCGUCUCCAUGCGCGCGACCACUGGCGGCCUCGCCAGCGGCGGCGGCACGGCUGGUGGUGGCGGCCGCUGCAGCAUUAGCAUGGGCAUGGCUGCUGGCAGCGGUAGCCCGCGCGGUGGCGGCCCGGUCAAUCAGUUUGCGUCCGCCGCACGCGCCCAGCCGGAUGCCGCCGCUGCCGCUGCAGCGGCCGCCAGCUCCGCCAGCGGCAGCAUUGGCGGCGGCGGGUUGUCCCUGCAGCCGGUCCAGCCCCGCAGCAGCGACAUCGGCGUCCCCUUGCCUCGCUGCAACAGCCCAACUGCCACCACAACCACCGCCACCACCGCCACCACCGCCACCACCGCCACCACCACUAUCACCGCCACCUCCAUCCGGCGCCGCCCCAGCCGCCUCGGUGCGCCUGGCGGCGGCGGCGGCGGCGGCGGUGGAGGCAGCCUGUGGGCGGGCAUGCAAUCGGUGGUGCUGUCUCUUUCCGCGCCCAUACACACAAUUGAAUCUGCUGGCCUGGAUGCUGACGCCGAGGACACUGUGAUGCAGCUGAUAGGAGCGCCGGUGGCGCCGCCUUCAAUUGGUGGUGGUGGCGAUGACGGCAUCGGUGCUUCUGCUUUCGCCGCUGCCGCUCCGGCGGCUGCUGGUGUGCCCGGCGCCAUCGAUAGCGGCUACGACUAUGGCAAUCAGCUUCUACGGCGGGCGGCGUCUGCUGCUUCUGCAGCUGCGGCUGCUCCAGCUGCCCCGUGCGCGUCGUCUUCGCCCAAGAUGCCCGCCGCCGCCACCGCCGCCGCUGCUGCUUUCUCUCCCAACGCCGCCACCUCUGCUCCUGCAGUGGGUGCCGCCGCUGCGACGGUGCCGUCGCCGCAGGCGCGGCCGGUGGCCAUCACGUCUGUACUGGCGGCAAAGCCCCCCAGCGCGCGCGGCAGCGGCAGCAGUAGCCGCGAGACGUCGUCACAUUGGGGGGUGCCUCGCCCUCUGCCGCACGUGGUGUCGUCAGACGACGCUCCUGCGGCUGCUACUGCCGCCGCCGCUUGUGCCGCCGUCCCGGCGCCUGCGCUCGCCGCGCCCUCUGCUGCCGCCAGAGCAUACGCCACUUCCAUCACUGCGGCUACCUCGCCCUGCACCUCGGCCUCCUCUGCCUCCGCGCCCGCCUCGCGCGCCGAGCUGUACCUGCUUCCCAAGGACGCAGCGGCUGCGGCGGGCGUGGGCAUGGGGGUGGUGGCCGCGAUGAGUGCCGGCAGCAGUGUGGACAGCGCGCCGCCGCUGUCGCCGUCGCCGCCGCCGCUGGCGGGAGCGGGAGCGGGAGCGAGGGCAGCGAGCCAAGCGCGCGUUGCAGAGGACAGUGGGGCUGGUGGCAAGGUGGCCGGUGUCGCGACGCCGCCUGUGGCCGAUGUGGGUGGCGGGGUGGGCAGCGCCCAUGCCUCCUCCUCCUCCUCCUUUGCGGCAGCUGCGGCGGUGGCCGGUGGUGCUGGCGUGGAUGCUUCGCCGCGUGCUGCGCCCAAGACCGCCCCUGCCGCGGUCGUCACUGACGGUCAUUGCCGCGGCGGCAGCGGCAGUGCGGCUGUGGCGGCUGCUGGGGCGUCUCCGGCGGCGGACGUGCAGCGGGUUGCGAGACAGCAGCAGCCCGACCCGCCGCGGCACGCUGCUCCAGAUGAGGCCAAGGCUGCUGCUGUUAGGGCUGCUGCUGUAGCCGCGCCGCCGCCCACCACGCCACCUUCGCCAUUUUUAUCGUCGUCAUCAUGCGCCGCUGCCGGUGUGCCCCCGCCGUCAGCGCCUUCACCCCCAGCAGUGGUGCCGCACACACCCGCCGCCACCCAGCAGCAGCCGCCGGCGCUUCCUCAUCAUCAGGGUGGCUCCUCGCCCAGGCCAGUGGUGGCGACCACACAGCGCGCGGCCGCCGGCAGCGGCAAGCCAGCACUUACACCUGUGGCGGCGGCGGUGGCUGGCAGCAACGCCGCUGCGGCCCUGGCGGGCAACCACGUGACGCGCGAGGGCAGCGGCGGCCGCAGCAGACGGAGCGGGUACGUGCCUCGCCUGCUGCCGGGUAACGGCAUGCUGCACGUGUCUCCGGCGGCGCCGCCCGCCAUGCUGCAUGAGCGGCUGAACGGCGGCACCUGGGCGCUCGCUGACUACCAGGUGGUACGCAAGCUGUAUGAGGGCUACGCCAGCUCCGUAUUCAAGGCCCACUGCCUGCAGUCCCAAACGGACGUGGUGCUCAAGGCCUACUGCCUGACUGGCCUGUCCGCCUUCCUCACACACCAGGUGCUCCGCGAACUGGACAUCCACUCGCGCCUGGCGCACGACAACAUCGUCCAUCUGAUCGGCGCUUUUCGGGAGGGCGACGUGCUGGUGCUGGUGCAGGAGUACAUGCGCGGCGGCAGCCUGACGCGUGUGAUCAAGGAGCUGGGCGGCCGGCUGACGGAGUUCCAGACCAUGCACCUGGUGCUGCUGCCGCUGCUGGCGGGGCUUGCCUACCUGCACGCUCGCGGCAUCGUGCACCGCGACAUCAAGCCCGACAACCUGCUGUUCACGCCGGACUGGCAGCUGAAGCUGUGCGACUUCGGCGUGAGCGUGUGCUUGCACGAGGAGCGAGCCGUGACCAAGACCGGGUCCAAGGACUACAUGGCGCCGGAGGUGGUGGUGUGCCCUCUGAAGCGCGGGCCUGAGGACAACAAGGACAACGCCCAGCUGGCCUACACGCCGGCCGUGGACGUGUGGAGCCUGGGUGUGCUCAUGUACCAAGUGCUGGUAGGCUUCACGCCCUUCCCAGCCGGACCGCCGCCCAUGCCCCGCCCCGGCUGCGGCGCCGCCGCGCCCGGUGCGCUGGAGCCCGCGGACGCCCUUCGCUUCCCCUCCAGCGUCAGUGAGCCGGCCCGCGCGUUCGUGCGGGACUGCCUGCGGCUGCACCCCGGCGACCGACCCACGGUCCGGCAGCUGCUGAACCACGACUGGGUGCUCAGGGCACUGGAAUCGGUGUCGCCGGACGGUGAAGAUGAUUGAGGGUGAUUCGCUAGAUCCUCCGUGCUGCGGUCUGGAGCCAGCAUUCCAUGCUGGGGAGGAUUGCCUCCCCUGCUGAUUCCAUGCGCCUUCGGGCAUGCCACAUUCUUCCAUACACAUCUUAGUCCUUUCAUUGCCCUUCCCAACAUGCGCAUUUAGCGAUUCUUUGCACCCUUCCCUUCAAGCUCUAUACCCACUUGCGGGUGUCGGUGGUGAAAGUGGCCGGCGCCGACGGCCACAAAUCUUCCCCCGUCGCACACCCUGCGCUGUGGACGCUGAACCUGAUAACGAGGCUGCUAGCAUCAAGUACGGAUCAUAUACUAAAGAGAAGCAAAAAUGGGGAGCGUAAAAUGGGCCUGUGGCACGCGCGCAGCUGGGUGGUUGGUUGCCUUCCCGUUUUUAUGCAUAGUUGCGCAUUCAUGGGAGACGUGUAUAGGACGAAACCGACUCAUGCUCAUACUCCAAUUGAUCAGGCAAUCUUUCUGUGAUUUGCUGGAGCCUGCUUACAACGGAGAGCGUGGCAGGCACCGCCUGCUGGAUGGGCCUGGUAAAUCGGUGGCAACGUCGGGAAAUGGUUUACUAGUUUCAGGGAACCGCAUUUUAAGAUACCAUACGCUUGCUGUUGAGAAAUGGUGAUGAACGUAGAACGGCAACUGGCUGAUUGGUGGUGGCUGUUGGGGACGAGCUGCAGGCGCCACCUCAGGAGCCGCACGUCGGCGGCGGCCAUCCCUGUCCAGGGCGCGUGCGCGCACCGUGCUUGGAUGAUUGUGUUUUUAAAGUGCGUGUGCGUACGGUAGUGCGACGUGCCCGUGUGUGCAUUCCAGCAGCAGCUGUCAACACGCAUGCUAGUACUACUUGCAUGUAUGUAAGCAGCAGGUCAUGGCCGGCGAAUGAACGAAGUUGUGUUAUGAUAUGAUUUCUUCCGUAUGGGCUCGGCGGCGGCUCGCUGUUGGCUGGGCUCCCUACUACUUUUUUCGUGUGUGUUGCGGAGAGCCUGGGCUGAGAGCCUGAACGGCGCUAGCAGGGCGUGGGGCUGAGGGUGCACGUGUCGAUUGGCGGCGAGUGACGUGACUAGUUUGUUAGCUGCGGGUUAGCACGGACUGUGCACCCCACCCAACCGGCCAUGUCCGGAUUUGCGGGGAUGCCAAAGGCCCCCAACAUAGAGGCGUGUGCUUAGUAGGCGCCCGCGUCAAGGUGGCUGGGUUGAUAACGACCCGGGAUCAGCCCUUUUCCUGCCAUAAGGCAGCCACCUCCUUGUUCGUGUGUGUAUGUUGUUGGGUUACAAGGUGGUGCGCACGAUCUUUGCGUGCCUUCCUGCCUAGUGGAAACCUCGGGCCCUGGCCGGGGUGAUCCUUUUCACGCCAACAAAUGAUAACGUCCUACUUAUUAUUCCCCCUUGUUUGCGAGGGGCACGUUCCUACUCCUAUGCUACCAUGUGGAGUUGAGUAAUGCGGCUAAUCACCUGAAAGGCUCAGAUUUCACUUCGUGCAUGCUUACACUAAAGUCUAAGCGGCUGCUCACCCGUAGCUCGGCAUAGGCUGCUGCGCAUUGCAUCAAGCGGUUUCCUAUCGAGGUGUGCUGUGCACCACGCUGCCGACCUCCGUAUGCAUGUAUGGAGUCCGGCCAGUGCGUUUUCCACCGUGCUUUUUUGGGCUGAGCCACCAUCGGCAGAGCGAUCAUGAGGGGCUUCACCCCCUUUAUAACAUGUCCGUGCGUGCGUGAGUACCGUAUUGGUGUUUGCUGUGCUGUUGCUUGCCAGCGAGACGUGGCUGGACAAUGGCGGGCGGUGCCUGUACGACCGUGCUGUACGACCUGACCCUGGCUAUAUAUGUGGGCGGGAGGUGAGGUAUACGUUUGCGGCCUCAGCCGGGAGACGUGGCGCGGGCGCUGCCCACUUUUCCCUUGAGAGGCGUCGCUGUUUUCCGUUUUCCCUUGCGAGGGAGAGCCACCUUUUCUUGUCCGUGGACACGUUCACUAAAGCGGCAGGGCAAACGUUGGAGCGAGGGGCAAGCAUGUGCAUGGGUCAAACGUGUGCACGGAGCAAACGCGCUGCCACCCGGCGGAUGGCUUUCUUUUUUAAUAAUACGGUACUC